GAUAACCAUUAUAAUUUAUUUGAAAAUGAACUUGAUCCACAUUAUUUUUUGCCAAAAAAUGAUCCUGAUAAUUUUUCUGAAGAAGAAUCAUAUAAUUCUUUAGAUUUUUCUGAACAUAUAAAUAAAAGUGAAAGUAAUACUAAAUCUAACAAUAAUAAUAUUACAAGUUCAGGAGUUAUUAUAAUUAGUGACUCUGAAGUAGAAACUACAUAUACUACUUAUGAAAAAAGAAAAUGA